AUGGAGGGCUGCAUGGGGGAGGAAUCUUUUCAGAUGUGGGAGCUCAAUCGGCGCCUGGAGGCUUACUUGGCCCGGGUCAAGGCGCUAGAGGAGCAGAAUGAGCUGCUCAGCGCGGAGCUUGGGGGUCUCCGGGCACAGUCUGGGGACACCUCCUGGCGGGCCCGUGCCGACGAAGAGUUGACGGCCCUGCGGGCCCUCGUCGACCAGCGCUGGCGGGAGAAGCACGCGGCCGAGGUGGCGCGCGACAACCUGGCAGAAGAGCUGGAGGGCGUGGCGGGCCGAUGCCAGCAGCUGCGGCUGGCCCGGGAGCGGGUGGCGGAGGAGGCGUCCCGCAGCCGGCGCGCCGUCGAGGCGGAGAAAUGCGCCGGGGCCUGGCUGAGCACCCAGGCGGCGGAGUUGGGGCGCGAGCUAGAGGCUCUGCGCUCUGCGCACGAGGAGGAGCGCGCCGGCCUGAACGCGCAGGCUGCCUGUGUCCCCCGCGGUCCCGCGCCGCCCCGCGGGCCCCCAGCGCCGGCCCCCGAGGUGGAAGAGCUGGCCAGGCGGCUGGGCGAGGCGUGGCGCGGGGCAGUGCGCGGCUACCAGGAGCGUGUGGAGCACAUGGAGACGUCGCUGGGCCAGGCCCGCGAGCGGCUGGGGCGCGCGGUGCAGGGUGCCCGCGAGGGCCGCCUGGAGCUGCAGCAGCUCCAGGCGGAGCGCUGUGGCCUGCAGGAGCGCAGAGCGGCGUUGGAACAGAGGUUGGAGGGCCGCUGGCAGGAGCGGCUGCGAGCCACUGAGAAGUUCCAGCUGACUGUAGAGGCCCUGGAGCAGGAGAAACAAGGCCUACAGAGCCAGAUCGCCCAGGUCCUGGAAGGCCGGCAGCAGCUGGCACACCUCAAGAUGUCCCUCAGCCUGGAGGUGGCCACAUACAGGACCCUCCUGGAGGCUGAGAACUCCCGGCUGCAGACACCUGGCGGUGGUUCCAAGGCUUCCCUCAGCUUCCAGGACCCCAAGCUGGAGCUGCAAUUCCAUGGGACCCCAGAGAUCCGGCGGCUUGGACCUUUGCUCCCUGUCCUGAGCCCAAUUCCCCUCCCCUCACCCUUGCCUGCUACCCUUGAGACACCUGUGCCAGCCAUUCUGAAGAGCCAGGAAUUUCUCCAGGCCCAUGCCCCUACCUUGGCCAGCACCCCCACCCCACCUACACCUCAGGCUUCCUGUCCUGCUAUGGAUGCAGAAAUCAGAGCCCAAGAUGUCCCUCUCUCUCUUCUCCAGACACAGGGUGGGAGGCAACAGGCUCCAGAGCCCCUGUGGGCUGAAGCCAAGGUGGCCACCCCUACCAGCAUCCUGCCAGGACCAGAGGAGCCUGGGGGCAAGGGGCAAGAGUCCAGUUCAGGCCAGUCCCCUGAGGAUCAUGCCUCCUUGGCCCCACCCUUCAGCCCUGACCACCCUAGUUUAGAGGCUAAAGAUGGAGAAUCUAGUGGGUCUAGAGUGUCCAACAUAUUCCAGGAGGAAGAUGAAGGGCAAAUCAGGGGGCUGGUAGAGAAAGAAGCAGCUAUAGAGGUCAGAGUGGUGAACAACUUGCAGCAGGAAACAUGGCAAGAGGAAGGGGAUCUGAACAUGAAGAAAAUCCAGGAUUUCCAGGGUCCUUUGGAAAAAGAAACCCUGAAGGCUCUGGGAGAAGAAAUUCAAGAGCCACUGAUGUCUCUGGAAAACCAGAGCCAUGAGAUGCUAGAGAAGGAGAAUCAGGAAUCUUCAAGGUCAUUAGAAGAAGAGAUCUUAGAAACACUAGAAAGUUUAGAAAAGGAUGAUCAAGAGCCAGUGAAGACUUUGGAAGAAAAGGACAUGGAGGUAGUGAGAUCUCUAGAAAAGGAGACUCCAGAACUACUUAAGCCUAUAGGAAAAGAGGACCCACAGACAUUGCAAUCCCUAGAACAGGAGAAUCAAGAACUGAUGAUGUCUCUUGAAGGUAAUCUGGACACAUUUUUAUUUUCAGGAAAGGAGAAUCAAGAAUUAGUGAGAUCUCUAGAAGAGGAGAACUUAGAGUCAUUGAGGGCUCUAGAAAAGGAGAAUCAAGAGCCACUGAUACCUCAAGAAGCAGAGGACCAGGAGACAUCGAAACCUCUAGCAAAAGAGAAUCGGGAGCCCCUGAGGUCUCUAGACAAAGAGGAACAAGAGAGAUUGAGAUCUCUUGAAAAAGAGAUUCAACAGCCACCGAGGUAUCCAGGGGAAGAAGACCAGGUGACAGUAAGACCUCUAGAAAAGGUGAAUCCGGAGCCACUGAAGUCUCUUGGAAAAGAGCAGGAGAUAGCUAGACCUGUUGAGAAAGAGAAUCAAGAGUUAUUAAAGUCACUAAAAGAAGAGAGUGUAGAAGCAGUGAGAUCUUUAGAAACAGAGAACCUAGAAUCAGUGAAAUCUGCAGGAGAAGAGAACCUGGAAACACUGAAAUCUCUCAAAACUCAAGAGUCACUAUGUUGUCUAAGAGAAAUGAAUCAGGGGACAAUGAAACCUCUAGAAAAGGAAAUUCAAGAACCACUGGGAUCUGUGGAAGAAAACCAAGGGACACUGAGACUCCUAGAAAAGGAGAAUCAAGAACCACUGAGAUCUCUGGAAGAAUGGAACCUAGAGAAUUUGAGAUUUCCAGAAGAGGUAGAAAAGGAAAGUCAAGGGAAUCCAAAAGAGGAAGAGGACUUGGAGGAGGGAGAGAAUCAAGAGUCACUGAGGUCUCUGGAAGAAGAGAGACAGGAGCUGCCACAGUCUGCAAAUUGGCAGAGGGGGGAAGAUACAGACCAAGAACUGGGCCAGGAACCCCCUCUCGGGAGGGCUGUAGUGGAAAGUGGAGAGGAUGAGGUGGAGCUGGACCUGAGGGAGGAAGACAGCUUCCCUGGGAAGGAAGAGGUGGUAGAGCAGGGAGAGCUAUGGCUGAAUGCUACAGGGGAGGCCUGGUGCUCAGGCGAGGAGCACCCUAGGAGCCCUGGGCCCAAAGAGCAGAGGGGCCCAGCUGAGGAAGCCUGUGGGAAGGGAGGCACUGAGGGCCUCCAGGACCCUGAAGGGCAGCCAGAGCAGGUAGAGGCCCUAGGCCUCCAAGCUCCGCAGGGAAUGCCAGAGGUGAUAGAGUCCCUGCUGGAAGUUAAGAAUGCAGCCACAGGGGGUGAUCAACCCUCCCCAGAGGUCACCUUAGGGUCAGAGACAGCCAUGGGUGAGUCUGCUGCAGGAGCUGAGCAGGGACUGAAGCAGGAGGUGGUAGGGCUGGAGGACCCAGGCCUGGUCAGAGAGGAGAUGAUAGAGCAGCCCCUGGGGGAGGAAAGUUUGGAGGCAAAGAGGGUUCAGGGCUUGGAAGGGCCUGGAAAGGACCUAGAGGAGGCAGAGCUCUCCAAACUGCCCAGAAUGUGCAGAGACCCCCUGGAGUCUCCCAAGGGCAGUGAAGAGUCGGAGCCUGAGACCCCCUGGGCAACAGAGGAGGCAUUCCCUGCUGAGACCUCAAGCCAUGAUGAAAGUGAUGCCCCCCAGCCUAGGCCCCUGGGGUUAGAGGAAGCUGAGGAAGAUGCACAGCCAGUGCUGGGCCCCACCAGCCCAAAGUCAACCGAACCCUGGUUGCCCACCCCAAUUCUGGAAGAUGUCCCUGGAUCCCAGCCCCAGGCUGAGGGGAACCAGGGGGCUAGCUGGGGGAUGGAGGGUGGGGCUGAGGCCCUGGGGAAGGUAGAGAGUGAGCAGGAGGAGUUGGGUUGUGGGGAGAUCUCUGAGGGCCUCCAGGAGGAGGGGGAGGAGAGCAGAGAAGAGAGCGAGGCCGAUGAGCUAGGGGAAACCCUUCCCGACUCCACUCCCCUGGGCCUCUACCUCAGGUCCCCUACCUCCCCCAAGUGGGACCUGGUUGGAGGACAGAGGCCCUCCCCUCAAGGGGAGGCCAGAAAGGAAGCCUGGGAUCCUGCUGUCCUGACCUCCAAGGGCCUUGGGGACCAACCCUCAGAAGAGGGGGAAGGGGGAGGUGGAGAGGAGCAGUGUGGCCAUGACUCUGACCUGUCAGAGGAAUUUGAGGACCUGGGGACUGAGGCUUCUCUUCUUCCUGAGGUCCCCAGGGAGCUGGCAGAACCUCUGGGCCAGGUGGCUCCGCUGUUACUGGAGCCUGCUGCCUGGGAGCGGGAUGGGGAGUCUGAUGGGUUUGCGGAUGAGGAAGAGAGUGGGGAGGAGGGGGAGGAAGAAGAUGAAGAAGAGGGAAUGGAGCCAGGGGCUGGGCAGUGGGGGCCAGGGUCCUCCGUUAGCAGCCUCCAUGUCCUUAGUAGCCCUCAGAGAGGAGAGCUCCUGGAGUCUGACACUGUGGGUGUCAGUGUCCCCUGGGAUGAUGGCUUGAGGGGCACGGUGGCCGAUGCCCCCGUGACUGCCCUGGAGACGGAAUCCCAGGACAGUGCUGAGCCUUCUGGCUCAGAGGAAGAGUCUGACCCUGUUCCCUUGGAGAGAGAGGACGAAGUCCCUGGCCCUCUGGAAACCCCCAGUGAGGUGGAGGACACAGGCUCCAGGGAAGGGGACACCCAUGGUGUAAAUGGCCGGGGCCCCAAAUUGGAAGAGUCAGAGCACGUGAAUGGGGGGGUGGUGAAUGGGUUGGAGCAGUCUGAGGGAGUGGGGCAGGGAAAACUGGGGGGCCCUAAGGGGGCCCAAGGGAGCCCCUUACAGGAGGAGGAGAGGGGUGCCCUGAAGACCCCUUGGGCAGGGGCUUCUCUUCACCUGGGCCCAGGCCAGUUCCUGAAGUUCACUCAGAGGGAAGGAGAUGGAGAGUCCUGGUCCUCAGGGGAAGACUAGAGAAAGCGCUCCUUGCACACUGAGGACUUGGGGCGGGGAGGGGGUGGGAAGACGUCCUCAAGCCCCCUCCCUGCUCAGGGGCAGCAGCCUUAAUUUAUGAUCUCUGGAGUUGCAGUUUCUGUCCUAGAGGCCUGGCUGGCCAAGGUGAAAUGGGGUGUGGCACAGGAGCCCGUCCCAAGAAUGGAGGCUCUAGGAAUGAAAACCUGGGGCCCUGCAAAGGGGACAUCCUUCCUGCACAUCCCAUAAGCUUAAGUCAGCAGAAUCCCUAUAGAACUAGGCCCCCUUUGCUCUGCAUCCUAUCAGGUGGGAAAGGCCUGGAGCCCAGUGGUUCCUCCGAAGGGAGGGGGCUGUGGUGGUCUUUGUGCCAGGGCUCACCAGCCCCGCCCCAACUCACUACAGCAGCAGCGCCCUCAUGGGAUGUCUGGCCUGUGGCAAUGGAGGGGAGAGGUGGUCCCAUGUCUUGAACCCCUUCAUCCCUGCCUCUUGUGACCUUGUCUGGCUCAUCCUUGCCUGAAUAAAGUAAAGCCUCUGCCUAUAAA